AUGGCGAAGACGGCAGAGAGCGGCAAGGCCGAGGAGAAGUCCGAGCAGAAGACGGAGGUGCUCUUCGAGGACGUGCUGGAGCGGUGCUGCGGCACCGGCCGCUGGCAAACGCUGCUCAUCGGGUACAUGUCGGUCAUGUGGCUGCUCUUCCCCGUUUUCUCCAUGUCCAUAAUGUUCGUCGGCGCCACGCCCAAGUUUAGAUGCGCCGACGGAUUCGCUGCCAAUGCCACUUUCGCCUCGCUGCCGUCCGAUACGCCGCGCUGCCACGCGGCCAACUCGACGGCCGCCUGUCAGCGCUGGGCGUUCGACCCGCCCGUGUACGUGUCGACGGUGGUGACCGAGUGGACGCUGGUGUGCGGCCGCAAGCCGCUGCUCUCGCUGCUGCAAUCGUGGCUGAUGAUCGGCGGCCUGUUCGGCUCGGUGGUGAGCGGCCAGCUGGCCGAUCGCUUCGGCCGGCGGCCCGUCUUCCUGCCCGCCAUGCUGCUGCUGAUCGCCUGCUCGUUCACCGUCGCGCUCGUCACCGACUACGCCAGCUUUACGGCCGUGCGCUUCCUGACGGGUGUCGCCAUGUCGGCCAUGAUCAGCAGCAAGUACGUGCUGGUUCUGGAGCUGUCCAGCAGCGAGCGGCGCGCCGCGAUCGGUAUCGUCUCAAUCAUGCCAUUCGCAUUUGGCACCUGCUUCGUCGCGCUCCGCUCGUACCUAAUCCGCACGAGAUGGCUGCUCCAGCUGGCGUACGCCGUGCCGUGUCUUAUCUUCCUGUUCAACUUCUGGGUGAUGCCCGAGUCGCCCCGCUGGCUGGUGCUGCAGGGCCGGUUCCCGGAGGCGUGUGCCGUGCUGCGCCGGGGCGCGCGCUGGAACGGCCGUCGGGAGCUGCCAGAGGAGGAGGUGCUUCAGCUGAUGGCGGAGGCGCGGAACAACAUGCUGUCCCGCCAGACCACUAUGAAGACCCUGGUCCGGACGCCGCACAUGCGCCGCCGAACACUCAUCGCCGUCUUUCUCGGCUUCAUCAUCGCCGGCUCCUACUUCGGUAUCUCGUUCGAUACGACGCAACUGGCGGCGAGCCCGCAUCUCGCGGCGGUGUUCACCGGUCUCGCCGGCAUUCCCUCCAGCCUAGUGUUUCCCCUGCUGGAUCGGCUGGGACGGCGACGCUCGCUGAUCCUCCUCCUCUCGCUGCAGGCCGCCGCCAUGUUACUCACCUUCGUACAGAAGGAUACCACGCUCUGGCUAAUACUCGGCGUGGUCGCCAAGAUCGGCGUUUCCUCCGCCUAUAACACGAUAAUGGUGUUCACUGCCGAACUGAUGCCCACCGAGGUCCGCUCGCUGGCGUGCGGUCUGCGCCAGCUGGCGGAGCGCGUGGGCGCCGCCCUCGCGCCGUUCGUGACCAACGGCCGCCCGAUGCCGGAGACGGUGGCCGAUGUAGAUGGCCAGCCGGUGUCCGCCGCACCUACCGCCGAACGCACCCGCACCAACGAGGCGUGCCAGGGCGCUGACGAUCCGUGA